AUGUUUCCGAUGCAUUUCAUUAUCCUCCUCGCAACAUUCUCGCCUGCCCUCAGCCUAGUCCUUCCAGACGCUGGGCCUCAAGGCUACGCUUCCAACCCCACAGAAGGCCCAAUCCAACCAAAAGCCGUCUGUCCAGCAAUUUGGAAGGAAAUCGCAUCAGACCUCCAAAACUCGUUCGCAGAUUGCAACAACGACGCAAGAUCAGCCAUUCGAUUCGCCUUCCACGAUGGAGCGGGCUAUAGUUCCCUCACGAAACCAUAUGGACCCGCCACAGGUGGUGCGGAUGGCUCGCUUCUCUUGAGCGAUUCAGAAAUUGCUCGUACCAUUAAUGAUCCAAUGCAAGACUUCCGGAAUGAUUUCUUGCUACCCAAAUACAAAACUUACAAGAACCGCAACGUGGGAGCUGCGGACUUUGUCCAGUUCGCUGGCGUCAUUGGGACGAAAAGUUGUCCAGGAGGCCCGGUGUACAAGGCCGUCGUCGGACGCAUAGACGAUGCCACUGCUUGUCCGCUGGACAUGCUACCCGAAGCCUUUGGCGCCAACUCAAGCGCCUCAGUACUCCUUGAUCUCUGGGCCGCGAAGGGGUUCGACGCGCGAGAACUAGCAGCUCUGCUAGGCGCACAUUCCGUUUCUAAAGCGUUCGCUGAAGAACAGGAUGGCAUUCCGUCAGGAGGCGCUCAGGAUACUACACCGACUACCUGGGAUGCGAACUACUACAAGCAAACACAAAAUGGUACAACCGAGGGUGUGUAUAGUUUUGACUCGGAUAAGAAUCUCGCAAAGCUGGGCACGGCUUCGGGGAGAGCUUUCACGGAGUUUGGGAAUGAUUUCGAGGUGUGGGGUGAAGCUUUCAAAGCUGCUAUGUAUAAGCUCAGUGUUCUGGGGAUACCUGAGAGUAAGGUGGCGGGAUUCAUUGAUUGCAGCUCUGCUGUUGAGUGA